AUGGCCGAUAAACAAAAAAAGGCAAAAAGUGGACCACCAGACGCGAAAGCCAAAAAAGAGCAACCACCAGCAGCAGAAAAGAAGGAAAGAAAACCUCCAGAAGAAGAAAAAAAAGUAAAACCAGGAAAAGAAAGCAAAAAAAAAGAUAAGGAAAGUGGUGGUGAAGAUAAAGAAAAAACUACCAAAAAAGGCCACCCAUCCGGUCUGUCAUUCUGGCAGUUUAGAACAUUUUUUUCAUGUUUUCCUAGCGAUGUGCCAAAUAAUUCGACAGAAGAUCCAAACAACGACUUAGAUGAUUUGAGUGAAUCGUCUGACUCAGAUGGCCCGGGUGAGGCAGGGGAUUGUGAAUAUUUUGGAAGAGAUCGAAAACAUCACCAUAGAAACAUGCAUCCUGAUUCAGAUAGCAUGGAUGACUGCAAGAACAGACACAAAAAACAUCGCCGAAAUCAUGUUGCAGCUAAUAAUUGCACAAUAUGCAACACAUACGACGAAAGAGGUCCGAUACAUGGCAAGUUUUUGGCGUUAGGUUGUGGUAACCCGGCCAACCAUGGACAUCGUAAACACAAAAGAAUAAAACCAAAUUAUUAUGAGGACGGUUAUGGACAUAGUAGUUCUUCAAGCUCAGAAUACUCAGAUAAUAAUGACAUGAGUGAUAGCGACUCUUACGGUGAAAAUUUAAGCUACGGCCUCGGUUGCCGUCCCAAAGCAAGCAAAAAUCCACAUUGCAAAGUUUGUAUUCCUAAACAUAACUAUAAACAGUGCAACGUUCCUUCUGGCAGAGGUUCCAGAUAUAGUUCUCCAUCUAGCUCUAGAGAACAUUCUGGACAUGGUUCAAGACGCAAAUUGGGACAUGGUUCAGGUUAUCAUUCUGGAAACAGCGACGGUUAUACACCUUAUAAACACAAGACUAGAAAAAAAUGUGACGUCAAGUGCUGUCCAAAAGUCAAAAUACAAGCAAAGCCCGGUGGCAGUUGUUUAGAUAAAUUUUCAUCUGGCUGUAGGCAAUACGUGAAAUUUGUAAAAAACCGUUGCGAUAUUGGAGCUGAAAAAAAACCAAAAGAUGACUGUUGUACAAAAAAACAGCAUAUUUCUCGAACGCUAAAAAAAUAUGAACUUCGCCACGGAUGUAAGAAAAAAAAUCGUUUCAAGAAACAUUCCCACAAACACAGAAGGAAUGGCUAUGAUUAUGACGCCGAUGAUUACCACGUAGGCGAUAGAUACAUGCCGCAUUAUUACGAAGACAACAUAUACAACUACCCCGGUUAUCAUCAUUUAGGAGCACAAAGUGGGGGUUUUCAUAAAAGAGGAGGUUCAUACAUGGGCCAAUACGAUAGCCCUCAAGGUCCUAUGUACGGUCGCAAUCCUCACAUGGGUCGACUAGAUGAAAAUUAUUAUGAUUUUCCCUACGAUGGCUACAGACACCACCACAAGUUCGACUCUCCUAAUAUCUACUAUUAA